AUGUGCCACACCAGCUGCUCCUCGGGCUGCCAGCCGGCCUGCUGCCUGCCCAGCCCCUGCCAGGCGGCCUGCUGCGUGCCCCUGAGCUGCAGGCCCGCCGUGUACGUGCCCGUGAGGUGCCAGGUGGCCUGCUGUGUGCCCGUGAGCUGCAGGCCCGUCGUGUGCGUGGCCCCCUCCUGCCAGCCCUCCGGCUGCUGCCAGCCCUCCUGCCCCACCCUCCUCUGCAGGCCCGUGUCCUGCAGCACCCCCGCCUGCUGCUGA